CAUAGGAGCCUGCACACAGAUUCAUCCCAUUGCUGUACAUUGUAUAUCACCUAUCCCUGGCUAUAAGGUGUGUAGGCAGAUCACUGCAGGGUGAGGAGGAGAGGGAGGAGGGAAAUGCCUCCACACCAUCACUGUUCAAUGUAUACCAGACAGUGCAGCAGGGCAAACAUAACACACAUCUCUCUGUCUACCUGGAUGCCAGCAGUUGCACACAGGCUCCAAAAAUACUUAAAAGCACACUUAAUCCAAAGUUACCAGCAGGAGAUCAAAAAGGCAUUCAAGAGUUGGGACUUCUGAACCUUUACAGGAACCUGUACAGAUCAGCAGACCACCAGUUCUAUGGUCAUCAAAAGGCCAAAAGAGGAAAACAGCCAUCAAGUUUAGAAAAGCUGGUAGAGACGAUACCUUGGGGUCAGUGUCAGAAAGGUGACAGCGAACCGUAUUAGAUAACCUCUCAGUCGAGCUUUACAAAACAAACCUGGAAAUACAGUGGGAAAAAUCAACAGUAAGGACAAAUUGGUUACCAACAGUGAAGAGUUGACAGAAACCAGAUCAAAAACACACAGGAAAAACAAGUUUUGUAGAACUGAAGAAGUAAGAAACGUUGGAGUCGUGUGUUGCUCUUCCAACCACCUUUGAAAAUGUCAGUGAUCGUGGAGACAACGGGAUUCUUUUUAGGUAUCGUAGGCUGCGUUAUGUCGGGCGUCGCACUCUUCGACGCCAACUGGAGGGAGGCUACAGUGGAGGGAAACGUGAUCACCUUCUCCGAAUUGUACGAGAACCUGUGGAUAAGCUGCUCCAUCGAUACCACUGGAGUGUUCAACUGCCGAGACUUCCCGUCCUUGUUGGAGCUUUCAGGUUACCUUCAGGCUUCCCGGGCCCUAAUGAUUUCAUCGUUGGUCUUUGGGUUUUUCGCAUGUCUGAGUGGGAUGGUUGGACUGCAGUGCACGAAGGUCGCUGAUGGGAAUACUGUUAUGAAGGGCAAGUUUGCAACCGUAUCCGGAGCUUUAUCCAUAUUUGGAGGUAUCUGUGCCGGAAUUGCUGUCUCUUGGUACGCAUUCAAUAUCACCAAGGAAUUCUUCAACCCACUGUAUCCAGGAACCAAGUAUGAAAUCGGUGCGGCUCUUUACCUGGGCUGGUCAGGAGCUCUUCUAGAUGUGGUUGGCGGGUCACUCAUGUGCUGCUCAUUUAAAACUCAGGUGGUCAAAGCCAAAAAAGGGUACUCCUAUAAUUACCGCACUACAAACACGGGGUCCUCAUCGAAGCCCGCGCCGCAAACUGCCCUCCCGCGAUACGAGUCAAGUAACAGUAUCUCUAAAUACGGCAAGAACGCCUACGUCUAACAUUAGACCUCAGCUCUAAGACUUCACUGUCGUGAAUGUACAUUUCUGCCAUAACAUGCCGUCGCGUCAUAACCGCUCAUCUCAAGGUUCACUUUUCAUCAUUGGUCCGCCUUCAUUUUCAGUCACCAUGCGUCAACGCAUCACUGCACUUACCAAACCCCAAGGAGACAGUGUUUUUUUUUCUGGAGUCGUUUAUCAUUUUGCCGUCUGUUAAUGUGGCUUGAUGCCAAAAAAACUCAUCUCAUCUCGUCUUCAAUGCCCACAUUAGACCUCUUUCUGCUCCGGAAAAAUGGGGCAAAACCCUUCUACAUGGGGAAUAGAUAUUUAGCUAUUUAUACUCAAAUGCAAAGGAUGUCGAGUUUUUGUUUUUAGGUGUUUGUGCAAAGUACAUUUUAGUAGAGCACCGGUUUAGUUGUGAAGACAUCUUGUUCAUGGACUGAACACAAAGACUCCAUGGUAAGCUUCUUAAAGUGAAAUCAGUCAACAUUUUAUUGUACAGAUUUGGCCCUCUACUCAGGGACACCAUCCAGAUUCCUUCACAGUAAUUCUGCCGGUCCUGGAAUGAAUGAUUGCAUCAAUUUUCUUGGCAAAAUCAUGACGACAGAUGGGCGAGCAUCCAACAAGGAACGUGUGGGGCAGAGGUCAUAUACCGUUCACCCAUGUUCCUCCAUAUUGAACUUGUUAGGCAAAAGGAUUACAUGUGUCAUGUAUCCAGAAAUUGUAUUAGAAGAUAGUUUGUUUGCUUUGUCUACUAUUUUUUUUAAAUUGCAUAAUGAUGAUUGAUAAUUAAUAUAUGGAAAAUUUACUGACA